AUGAAGCCAUCCGGCGGGAUUCAUUUGGCCUAUUCCACGCCGAAUUUGAAUCAAAACGACGCGAAAGUGGAGCACAAAGAGGCGGCGAGAAGUUUGAGCGACGAUGAUUUUCACGAUGCUCCGGAAUAUUGGGCGCAGUAAGUUGGGAAAAAUUGAAAAUUUAUAUCUUUAUUUUUAAUUUACCAUCGAUUAAUCGCUUUUAAAAUAUAUUUUGCGACUUAAAAUUUCAGUCGAAAAGACAUCAACUUGCUGGAAUGCAUUGCCGAGGCCCGAAUAGCCAUGAACUUGUUCCUGAACAACCACUUCGAGGAGGCGGAAGCACGAUUAAAACCCCUGUCGGAUAAGACCAUGUAUCAUGCACUGGGUUAUAGUACGCUGCUCUUUCUGCAGGCCAUGAUGACAUGCGAUAGGGUGAGUUUUUUUGGGGAAAAUGAGGUGGAAAUGCGAAAAGGAUCACAAAGUAAUCAAAAAUAGCCCAGAUUUUGAUGAAACUUGAGACAAAUUAAGACUAAAUUUUUCUAAUGUAAGACAUAUGCGAGAUUUUUGGCUCGCGUUUUGCAGAAAUCGUCGAGAUUUUUUAGUCGAAAAUUUUGAAAAAUUUGGAAAUUUUUUGGCAAUUUUUAUUGUGAGAACUGUGAUGAAAUUGUUUUUCCAUCUAACAAAUAUAACUUUUUUUAUACGAAAUUCACAAAGAAAGAGUCAAGGAAGUUUUUUUUUCUCUGACCGUCUCACAUCAUGUUCCAUUGUCUCUCGACUGGGAAGAUUGUUCAAUAUCUCGGCUAUCCCUGCAAAUCUGGAGCUAAAAUUUUGAGUAGCUAAUAUUCAGGCUUGUUGGGUCAUGCCUACAAAAUUUGGGGGAAAUCGAUGUGUUAAAUUUGGUACCCUAAAAAUAAAAUUUUCAAAAAAUUGGCUUGGUCCCAUUGAUUUUUUUUGAUUGCCCUUGGCUUUCAUCUAACAAGGGAAGUACCCCAAGUGCGACGAUCAGAUUUUCUUUAAAUUUUGCACACACGUCGCGUAUGGACUAAAUAUCAAUUCCUGAAAGUUUUAGCUCGCGCUUUGCGGGCGCCGCCGAGAUAUCGAACGAUUUUUGCCGCCGAGAGAGCACGCUAAACGUGGAGAGCGGUCAGAGAGAAGAAAAGCGCUUUUUGGCAAUAACAUUGGCAGUUUUGUGCGGAAAAAUUUGAUUUUUUGUAGAAACAUUAUCCUUUACGGUAGAAAUAGGCAUAAAACUUUUCGGGCCGAAAUUCGGUAAAAAGGCCUAAAUUUUGGCCGACCUUCGAUCUUAAAAUCUCGGUUCUUUCUGCAAAGCGCGAGCUAGGAUUCUCGCAUAUAUCUUAGAAAAAAUUGUUCUAAAUUUGUGCCAAGUUUCAUCAAAAUCUGAGCGUCGCACUUGGGGUACUUCCCCUGUAAAUUAAGUUUUUUUCUGAUUUCUGUCUAAAAAUGGACUGAUUUUUGGAGUUUGCACUGUGCAGAAAAAUUCGUGGUGCGAGCGACAGCCCAAAAAGCCUAUUGCACGGUGCAAAAAGCGGGAAAUUGCACAGUGCAAAGUGAAUUUUUGUUUUCGCACAGUGCAUGUCCCCGAAAUCACUGCAGCUACUUUCGGGAGGGCCUGCUACACAAAAUGGUCAGAAAAUCUAAAAACUCGACGAGUUUUGCUUGAAAAACAUCAAAAACGCGCAUUUUACCCUUUUCAGGCCGACAUGGAGAAAGCGAUGGUUCAAUCGCAGAAGGCCGUCGACGUUAUUCAUCGUUUCCGCGCCCAAUACAGCAUUUCCGACUCAAUCUUCCGACUCAGCGGGCAUUAUAAGGCGCUGACCGAUGAGGAAAUCCACGCCGAACUUUGCUAUGCCGAGGCUCUGUUAUUCCGGUAAGAGCCGAAAAUUUUGUUUGUAAAAUUCCAAUAAUAUAUGGUAAUAUUUACUAGGGAAGUGCUCCAAGUGCAACAGUCAGAUUUUGAUGAAACUUGGCCUAAAUUAAGAUUGAUGAUUUUUAGGAGAUAUGCCAGAUUUUUAGCUCGCGCUUUCGAGAAAUGAUUGAGGUUUUUAGGUCAAAAAUUUGGCAAGAAUGUGGGAUUUUUUUGCAAAUUUUGAUAUGAAAAGUUUCAUGGCUAUUUCUACUAUAGAGGGUAAUGUUUCCACAAAAAAUCAAUUUUUUCCGCGCGAAACUGGCAAAGAUAUGGCCAAAAAAUAAUUUUUCUCUGACACUCUCCGCGUUUCGCGUACUCUCUCGGCCGAAAAGAUCGUUCAAUAUCUCGGCUGUCCCUGCAAAGCGCGAGCUAAAAUUUUCAGGAAUUAAUAUAUGACAUAUGCUUAACGUAUGUGCAAAAUUCAAAGAAACUCUGAGCGUCGCACUCGGAAUUAUGCGCUAUAUUUCCUAGCCUAUUUCAGCGCCGCCCUCACCUUUUUCUACGACGAAAGUUUGGCCAGUUUCAUCAAGGGCGCGUUCAAAAUCCGGGCCUGUUUCAUGUCGUACAGAGAGUGCUACCGUAUCCUGAAUUCGCAAGCCUGGACAAGCAGAGAUCAGAAAAUGCGAGACGAGUUCGAAUCCGGCGUUCUUUUGGGCCUCGGAAGUUUCAAUGUGGCGUUGUCGGUGUUGCCGGGGAAGUUGUUGAAAUUGCUGCAGGUCAUCGGAUUCAAUGGAAAUCGAGCCCAUGGAAUGAAUAAUUUGCUGAAAGUGGCCAGCAUGACGCAUACAUUACGGUAGGAGGGGAACUAUAGUUAACUAACAAGGCCUGUAGGGGAGAGGAUCAAAAAAAAAUUUUUUUUUGGCGCUUUGAAUGCCAAUGGCGCAUUUUUCUGACUACUACGCUGAAAAAGCGUUGUACAGGUACUAUAGUAUCUGUUUGUCGGGAAAAUAAUGAGCAUAAUGCCGCAUUUUUUCGCUGAAGUGAAAAAAAAUUUGAUUUUCUCCGCGAUACAAUUCAUUUUCUCGGCGGCGAUGCGAUUUUCGAUUCGACAGAGGGCUCAUUAUUUUCCCGACAGACUUUUAGGCCAGGAGCCAAUGCGCUAUCUGAAAGUUUGCUGAAAAUCAUAGGGCGCAGCUCGGAGAACUUGCAUGGGCGCAGCUCGCGUCUUGGGCGUAGCCCGAGAGCUCUCAUUAUUUUCCCGACAGCCUGAUUGUAUUUUUAUAAAGUGCAUGGGCAUUUGUUUCGCAAAGUCGCCCUGACUUCUUCGCAAACGCCGAAAAUCGCCCCAACGACUUUGCGAACGGAUUAUCAGUCUGUCGGGAAAAUAAUAAGCACUCUGUCGCAUCGAAAAUCGCAUCGCCGCAGGGAAAAAUGAAUUGUGUCGCGGCAAAAUAGCUUUUUUUACUUCAGCGACGCGAUUGGAUUCAUUAUUUUCCCGACAGAUUGAUAGUACCUGUAAAUGUUAGGCAAAAUUUGCUUACAAUUCCUAUUUUUCAGCUCCACAAUGUGCUCUCUUCAACUGAUCACUUGGGAAUUGUUCGUCAACUUCUUUAUUGGCGAAGGAAAACCGAAUACUCGGCUGUGUACCCGGCUCUUUCACGACCUCAAUUUCUUGUACCCGAAUGGUGCCAUUAUUUUGUUUCUUCGUGCACGGUUUUAUUUGACCUCCGGCGACGUGGAUAACGCCAUAUUUUUCUAUAAUAAAUCCAUUCAAUGCCAGACCUAUUACCGACAGUUUCAUCAUGUCUGCUAUUGGGAAUUACAGUAAGUUUUGGUUUUAUUUAUUUAUUUUGGGGAAAGUCUGGGUGAUAUAGCAAUUGAAGAUUUUCGAGAUUCAACCCUCGUAUUUUUAAGGAACUUUGUGUAUCAGUCUGUCGGGAAAAUAAUAUGCACAAUGUCGCUGAAAUGAAAAGCAAUUUGAUUUUGUCGCGACACAAUUCAUUUUCUCGGCGAUGAUGCGAUUUUCGAUGCGACAGAAUGCUCGUUAUUUUCCCGACAGGCUGAUAAACUUAGAAAAUAUUUUUCGGAGAGCGAUUUUUAACACUCGCUUUUCAUUAAAAAAACCGCAAUUUUUAGUCCGAAAAAAAGCUGGGAUUUUGGGGCUUCGGUAGUUGAGCCCCCCACGAAAGGUAGUUCAAACCCCCACUGUUUUGCCCGUUUCACACCCCACAUAAUGAACAAAUUAGAAUAAUACAAAAAAUGUAAGUGGGGGUUUGAUCUACUACGUUGGGGGUUUGAUCUAAAACGUAGGGGGCUUGAUCUAAAACGUAGGGAGCUUCAUCUAAAUCGUAGGGGGCUUGAUCUAAAACGUAGGGGGCUUGUUCUGGACCAUACAACUUGGAUUAAUUCUUUGAAAUAAAUUUUGGGGUUCAGAAUGGACGAGGGGGUCAUGGGGGGCUAAACUGGACUGGGGGCUGUACUACCUUAGCCCCGGGACAUUUUUUUUCACCAGAAAUUGGCUGACGAAAAAAAAAUUUCUCACUGACCGCUCUCUACAUUUUUCACAUUCACUUGUAAAGAUCGUUCGAUAUCUUCUGUAGAACGAAGCCGGUUGAUAACAAACAAAUUCGUUGGUGGAGAUGGUCAAUUUUAGACCUUCGUACAGCGAAGCUCGAGGCAGUGAGCUACGAGUCUGUCUGGAAAAUAAUGCGCAUUCUGUCGCAGCGAAAGUUGGUUGUAUCGCCGACGAGAAAAUGAACUGUGUCGCGGAAAAAUCAUUUUUUUUACUUCAGCGACGCGAUCGACCCAGCGACAUUGUUCUCAUUAUUUCCCCGACAGACUAACAAUAAAACAAAUUUUUUUUGCUGACUUCUCUCCUCAAAUUUUCAGAUUUGCCUACGCAAUGCUCGGCCGCUGGGAUUGGGCGGCCAACCAUUGUAAACGGCUGAAAGACGAGUCUCGUUGGUCGAGAUGCGUCUACACGUAUUUAUUGGCCAUUUACAUUAAUGCUUAUGAUCGGGGUCCCGAGUCGGAAGCAACCUGGAGACUGCUGUGUCGAAAAAUCCCAAACAUUCGCCUGCGAAUCGCCGGAAAAUCGAUUCCGAUCGAGAAGUUUUGCGAGCGAAAGUCGAAGCGAUUCCUGGCCGAGAACCGCAUGUAUUUGGCGCAUUACGAGUUCCUCUACUUUUGGAAUGUCUUCACCAUUUUGGAAGCCCGACCUCAGGCGUUUAUCCCGGAGAUCUUGAGCAACAUUGAGCAGUAUAAAGUGGAGAAUCCAACUGGUAUGAAUUUAUAUCAUUUCAUUCCGAACCACAUCGUAUUUUACCAUUCUAGAGGACCCAAAUGACUUGUCUGUUUAUGAAUUUCUUCGAGGAGUCUGCUACAGGGCUUUGGGAGAGCUGGAGAAAGCGGAGAGCUGUUUCUUCAAGGUCAUCCAGAAGUAAGUCAAUGAGCAGACUUAUUGUGUUAUAUGGAAAGCCAUCGAAAGAGACCCGGAGUUGAAAGAGACCCCGAAGGGUAAUCGAUGGCGUAGAUUCCAAAAAUCAUAUUCGUUUUUUCUGAUUCUUACUUUUUUGCUUAAGUAGUAAUGUUAAAAAGUAAUUUUUUGAAUUUUUUCUAAAAAUAGUCGAUUUAGGGGUUAUCGAGGGUGCUGAUUUCGAAAAUCAUGUUGCCUUUCUUCUUUAUAGUACUAUCUGGUACUAUACAGUACGAGGUGAAAAUAUGGCUUUUGGCGUUAAUGGUGUUGUUUUGAUGCUUAGUACUCCUCAAAAACACGUUUUAAAUAACUGGUACCUUUUAGUACUGUCUGGUACUAUGUAGUACAAGGUGAAAAUAGCGGUACUGAGCAACAGAACAACACCACUAACGCCUAAAGGCCAAAUUUUUACUCUUAGACCCCGAUUCCGGGGUCUCUUUCAACUCGGGGUCUCUUUCGAGGAAAACCUGUUAUAUGUCUAGUCUUUCAAGCCGAGAAAGCCUUCUGUAGAAUGGCGGACCUGACACAGUGACAAAAAACGUACCAUUUUGCAUCCGGGAAAUAUCAAACAAUGUGGCAAAAUACUUCCCUCUCCAAGUGAAAAAACUCCGAUUUUAAAAGCGCGCCCGCCAUUUUUAUGAGGGAAAGGGCGCGGCGCCCUGCAAAAAGAAAUUUUGUCACUUGGAGAAGGAGGUAUUUUGCCACAUUUUUUGAUACUUCCCGGAUGCAAAAUGUUAUGUUUUUUGGUACUGGAUCAAGUCCGCCACUGUACAUCGCUCCAAGAUUCAAAAAAUUAUCGCUGCGACGCAAUUCAUUUUCUCGGCGGCGAUGCGAUUUUCUAUGCGACAUGUCGCGACAGAGUGCUCGUUAUUUUCCCGACAGACUGUUAGGCCCAGGUCGUUCCGAAAAUCGCAAGGCCGGUUUGCAAGCCAUCAUAAAAAAUCGUGACAAGUAUAAGUCUGUCGGGAAAAUAACGGCGGAUCGUCGCGCCUCGGAAUCGCCCAUCAUCGCUCUGCGACUGCAAGCCGCGGCUCGGGAUUUGGUGCGCGACAGCGGCGAGGCGAGACAUUUCGCUGCGACAAUCCACCGUUAUUUUUCCGACAGACUGAUAUACCUAAAAAAAUGUCAAAAAUAAAAAAGAUUGGAAUUUCAGUGAGCCCCGCUUGACCGACAACUUUUAUCUCGUCCCCAACUCGACGUUCGAGCUGUCUCAAAUCCGUUUCGCUCAAAACAACUUGACAGAGGCGGAGGGCCUGCUGAACAAAGUGAAACAGUAUAAGGGCUACUCGUUGGAGAAUAAACUACUCUUCCGAGUUCACGCCGCUAUGGAGAAUGUCAACAAACGAAAGGGAUGA